CUUCAUAUUCGUCGCCGUGGUUCGCUCCAUUUGCUUCCCUCUGCCCCGCCAUUGAUUAUUCCCUUCACUGUCUUUGUUUCCGAAUGUAAGCCGGGUUUGUUUUUGUGUUGAGUUUCUGUUCUACGACUAUUUUAUUCCAUGAUCAUCUCUGAAUUUGAAGCGUGAUUUGUUGGAUUAAUGCAAGUAUUUUGUGUUUGGGCGAAGAGGAUCGAGGAAUGUACUCAGUAGUCUAUGCCUUGAGGUCGUUGAUGUUUCAAGUGUGAUUGGAUUGGACAUUUCUGUGUUGGAAGAAGAUCGAGGAGUCAUCAGUGAUCAGAGCCUAACGGUGAUUGAUUUCCUUCACUUGAUUUGUUGCCGAUUGAAGUCGAGUUGUUUUCUGUGUUAAAUUAGUCAGCUCUGGCUUAUCCAUUCAGUUAACAUCCUUGAAUUUGAAGUGUGAUUGGAUUGAAAGUAUCUUUUAGGAAGAAGAAUGAGGAUUAUUAAUUAGAGCUGAGUAGGGAGAGACUGAAAUUUGGCGUAGAGAAGGGAAGGAAAGUAGAGAAAGAAGGAAAAUGGUGAGGUUGAUGAGUUGAAUUUUCGAUCUGCUGGAAAAUGGAACGGAAUUAUCCGUAUGAGAAUGGCGUGCUGAUGACGAGAGACCCGAAGCCAAGGCUGAGAUGGACGGCUGAUCUUCACGACCGUUUUGUGGACGCUGUCACCAAGCUCGGUGGCCCUGGAAAAGCAACUCCCAAGUCUGUGUUAAGAUUGAUGGGUUUAAAGGGCUUGACUUUGUACCACUUGAAGAGCCAUUUGCAGAAGUAUAGACUUGGACUGCAAACACGAAAGCAAAAUGUGGCUGAGCAAAGGAAUGAAAACAGCGGGACAAUCAGCAAUUUUACAGUUGAGGAAGAUGACAGAGGGAUGCAAAUUGCUGAGGCACUAAAAUCACAUGUUGAAGUGCAGAAAACAAUACUAGAACAACUCGAGGUACAAAAUAAGUUACAAAUGAGAAUAGAGGCUCAAGGAAAAUACUUGCAAGAUAUCUUAGAGAAAGCACAAAAGAGUCUGGCACUUGCCAUUAACAGUAAUCUUGGAAGUCUUGAAAACACGGGAAUGCAGUUACUAAACUUUGACGCGGCUCUGUCAGAUCAAAUUGAAAAAUUUGAGAAACAUGAAAUGAGAGAUAGUGCGGCAAAUGGAAACGAUACUUGUAAGAAGACCAGCGGUUCACCCAUCCAGAUAUGCAAGGUGGAGGCUGGAGAAGAAGACACAAACGUGUUUAAUGUUGAAAGGAACAUGAUAAACUUUGAUUUGAAAUCCAAAAGGUGGCUUUGACUAUAGCGCGAAUGGUGAAAUGCUUAAGGCCAAAGUGCUUCCUUGUUCGAGGUAAUCAUCCAUGCGAGCGUAGUUCACCUCUGGAUAAAGCUUUGAAGCUUCUUGUCCUCCUAUUUCAAAGUUUGUCAAGCAGCCUUCAAAGAAUAUGCGGUAAAAGUAUCCAACUUGUUUUUGUUCAUAUGAUUGAAAAAUUUGACAAGUUUUUGUUCAUAUGGUAAAAGACCUAUUUGGUUUC